UCGCUUUGAAGUGCUUAAUGUUUCUGAACCCGGGCUUGUGACAGCGGGCCGAGGCGCCGGCCAUUCGGGGUUCGUAAUGCUCGAUGCCGGUUAGAGAUGCUCGGUGCUCAAUGCCCGGCGGAGGUGCUGGGAGGUAGAGCAUUCGCAGAGGACAGCAGAGCUGUGGAGCGAAGCUUCGUGGCUGCUCCGCCAUGUCGCGACCCAUAGCGAACGGGUUCGGGACGAUGAGCAACGGCUCUAAUCCGUCAAUCGCGACCAACUCCAUGGCCAUGACCGGCCGCACUCAGCUCACGUCCAAUGGACCACACCCGACCUCACUCCCUGCUGCAUCCGGCGGUGCCAUGGGGUCGUCCAGCAUGUCGCGCGCAGAACGCUUCGAGGAUGAGAAGCGCCGCAUCAUCGAGUCCUGCUUCAGCAAGCUUGACGCCAAUGGCCAGCUCGCGGAAAGCUACAUCACUCAUAUCCGUAUUAUAGAGGACGCGCAGUACCCCUCGGCGCCCGCGCCCCCAGAGAGCGCCGAGUCGAACAAGAAGCCGCGUCUCAUCAUCAUUGCAGUGCGCAGUACGGGUCGGGUGCGUAUGCACAAGGCGCGCGAGAACACGAAUGGCAGCUUUAGUAUAGGCAAGACGUGGAAUUUGGAGGAACUUAGUGCUAUCGAGACGUACAGUGGCACAUACCCGCCUCAGACGGAUCGAGAAGCACAGUACCGGGGUUGGGCGGGCAGUGUUGGGUUCACGGUCACUAUCGCGAAGUCAUACUAUUGGCAGGCCGGUACGAGUAAGGAGAAGGACUUCUUCAUUGCUUCGGCGGUCAAAAUAUAUCGAAAAUACACCAAAGGACUCGUGCCGGAGUUGAAAGGCUUCGAUGAGCGGGAAAAGGCUCUCAUCUUGGGUCAGACACCAUCGCAGCAGCAGCUGACGCAGCCUGGUGUCACUGUUCCGCCGGAGCAGGCUAGGCAGUUACAGACAAACCUUGCCCCUGGCAUGAGAGCGGAGAGUCGUGAUGCGAGCCCUAUGCAGCCACCGCAGCCACCAUUCGCUCAGAGGCCACAGAGUCGCGAGGAGAGCCGCUAUAGGCAGUCACCUGGACCGCCGGAGAGCUUGCACGAUCCAAGUCCGCAAAGUCGACAGCAAUCCCAGAGCCCAGCACCGAUAUCAUCACGCUUCCCCGCUGGACGAGAGGCAGCUCAACCUUCUCCGCUUAGUGGACCACGCCAAUUCGCGAGUCAGGAACAAAUUCGGGCGCCUAGUCAAGACCGAAGAGGAGAGUAUGCGGGCAGGCCAGGCACAAGUCCAGCUCCUGGCCCACGAACACCCUUACCAUCUUCGUUGCAAACUGGAGUCGCGCAAACUCCAUCUAUCGUCAGCGUUGAGGAUAGUCCUAGCGUAAGCUCAAUGGCCUCCAGUGCGGCCCCGAAGGUGCGACAAGCAAGUCCAGUCAGGCAGCGAGCCUUCGUGGAUAGCGUGCCCGAAGAGCAGCUGCUUGAACAACGAUCUCCAGAACGCUUUAGCUGGCAAGACGCUGAGCAGGAACCUGGGCCGCCGGCGCCAGCCUAUCAGGCGAACGGCGCCGCGGCUUCACCAGUCAGUCCAACCAGCGGUGCGAGCUUGUUCGCCUCUACUAAAGAACGAUGGAUGAACCACCGCAUCUCACAGGAUCAGCCUCGGCCGCUGCAACCUCAACUGCAGCAACCUCAACCACAGCAGCUGGAGCCACCAGCUUCGACCGCCGGACCGCCGCAAUUGCCGCCGAUCCAAACAUCUCAGUCUUUUUCAGGGGAUCAGCAAGAAAGGAACAUCUGGCAUCCACCGACUGGCGGCACUGCCUCAUCUGCUGGUCUCGAUCUUGGAGAUGCAGCCGCAAUCAAUGCUUUAACAAGCUACUGGGGCCCAGAUACUGCUUCCACCAACCAAACGACCCCGCAAACUCCAUUGCAAACGCAACAUGCACCACUGAUCAAAGAACCCGGCUCGCCACCCACACCUGAACGCAGCAGAAGACGGCCGGCAUUAAACGAGCGAGGUACGCAUGAUGACCUACGGCCGGCGCCGCUCAAGCCAAGUGGCAGCUUCCGAGGGCCAGACGAUGAGGCCUCCCGGCAGCAAACCGCGCAAACAGAGUCUACCGACAUCAAACCGUUGGCUCUUCGAAGCAAACGUCAAAGUCGCGACCAGCAACAAACACAGCACAUACGCGAGCAGAAGCUAGCCAUUCCGGGAGCAUUUCAUGAUUCGUCUGUCGAACAAAGUCCGAUGGCGACUCCGGGACAGGAAGAGCCGCCGACCCAGAAGGCUGGUCCAGUUGAUUUUGCGGAGCGGCAAAUGCAACCUGCUGAGACCGCACCAGCAGUCAUAGCAACCGACAAGUCAGCGGAAGAAGAAGACGAAACCGAUGACUCCGCACAAUACCGACCUGGCCUCGGCCCAAUGAUCAAAAAGAACGCUGUACGUGACCGGUUCAAGAAGGCUGCGGCGACAGCGAACGCGUUCAAACCGCGGCCAGGAGGCGCAGCAGAGAAGAUCCUGCGCGCGAAGGCGGAGAGGGAGGCCGGCGCUGCUUCACCCACGACAGAUGUUGAUGGUAUUAGUGGUUUUGUACCAAGGCCUGGCGCAGCGGCGGCAAGAGAGGAUCCGAUGGCGGCAGCUGCUGCAGCACCCGUGGCCAGCGUUGGCGAGCCUAUAGGACUUGGAGUACAGGGCGCGGAUGAGGCUCGUUCGCCCACAGUCGAGGUUGAGAACCCAACAUCGCCGUACCAAGAUGAAGCUUCGAAACAAUCUCAGACCGUGCGCGCGCCUGUGCAGCUUACAGACGAGGCGGCGGCGAGGGCGUCAGAACACCGCACACCUGAGCAACAAGCGCUUGAGGAUGCUGGCGAGCAUGCUGAACGAGAGAUGCAUGACCAACAGGAAGCGGUCCGCAAGGUAACGCCUCAAGUCAAGAUCAAACGGCGCAGCAACUACCAUCAGCGCAACCUUGCUGCACUAGGCAUCGACCCGAGCAUUCUGAAAGACAAAGGCCUGGACUUUGAAAACCUUCUCGAAGACUUCGGCUGGAGCGACCGCGCGCUCGAGCCGAAGAAGCUCGCGGAGCUCGAAGCGGACCUUCGGCGAGAACAAGGACGACUGGAAGCUGUAUCGUGGUUGAGCGGCGAUGCCGAUGUUGCUCGUGGUGAGAAAGUAACCCAAGUGGAAGGGCUGCUUGACAAGGCCAUUGCGGAGUGCGACGAGCUGGAGGGCCUUCUGACGCUGUAUAGCGUCGAGCUAGGUAGUCUCAACGAGGACGUCGCGUUCAUCGAGGCGCAGAGUCAGGGCUUGCAAGUCCAGAGUGCGAAUCAGAAGGGUCUGCUCACGGAGCUGCGGAGGCUGGUCGAUACGCUUAGUCUGGAUGGCCGGGAGCUGCGCGUUCUGCACAGUGGCGACCUCGGCGACGUACAGGGUCUGAACGAGGUGGAGGCCAGUCUUGUGCGGUUGUGGCAGGCUAUGAUCACCAUCGACCCUUCAAUACGGUCCACGGCUGUCGGACGGCCGGGCAGCAGGGGUGGCUUGUCCGCGGGCGAGGAGUCAGCGAGCGAGACUCUGAGUUCGAUGAAGGCGGUGAGAGAAAGGCGUGACGUGUAUGAGCGCGAAGUCGUGGCAUUUGUGCAGCGGUUCACGCAGCAUCUCGACGCUGUCUUCGCGACAUCUUUCGAACAAGCGAGAGGCAGAUUGUUGCGCCCGGCAUCUUCCGGAGGCAAGAAGCUGAACAAGGACGUACUGACCGAACUUGUUCGUGGCCGGUUAUGGGCUUAUGGCCCGCUGAUGCUGUUCGUGCGCGACCUCAACCCUCCGGCGUGGCAGACGAUGUUGCAUUCCUACUCCACCAAGGCGCAGCCAGUGUACGGUGACGCGUUCAAGGAGAAUCUGACAGGCUGGAAACGGGCGGUGCGAAAACCCACUUCAGAUGAGAUCGCCGAGGUGCUAUUUACGCACGCCGAACGAGACGAUGGCUCAGGCUCUUCGGGCGGUGCAGUGGCUCUGGCCUCGCGGAAGCUCACAAUCAAGCGUUCGCAGACACUGGCGAAGACGCUGCGUAACGCAAACGGUGGCAAUCGCAGCCCGACCGAAAGCCGGCAUGCCGGCCAGCUGAUGGGUGCGGAAGUGUUCGCUGGUGCGAUGGACGAGAUGGCACCGCUCGUGAGCCAGGAGCAGAAUUUCGUCGCUGAAUUGUUCCAUGCCUCCACACUGCAAGCCCAGGACUUUCUGGAAGCCGUCGGUGCCGCGCCUCCGGAACGACGAGGCCGUAACAUCGAUCUGCGUAUGCCGAAACCAGCAGACCCAGACCGUGAGAUGGCCAAGAGGGUGCAGACUGUCAUGGACGAGAUAUUCGCCUUCUUCGCCACGGAGAUGGGCGUCAUGCUGGAGUGGAGCUUGGCCGAUGAUCCGCUGCAGGGUGUGGGCGUGAUGGCGUGUCUCAGCCGGCAUGCCUACUACCUACAGGAGACGGGCCAGGACUUCCUCCUGCAGCUGAUUGAGAGGUUGCAGGAGAAGCUUCGCAGUCUUUGGUCAAGGUUCGUGGAUGAGCAGGUCCGCGCUGUGGAAGAGCUGCGGGUGCGUGGUGGCAGGAAGCGAAAAGGCGGCGUCAUUGGUUUUGUCAAGUCGCUUCCGCAAUUCUGCGCAGCGGUGGAGAAUGUGUUCUCCACGGUGGCGAGGGAGGAGUACGAACGGCCUGCUGAUACAAUGGUGGAUGUCCGGAGACUGGUCGAUGAUACGUACACUCGCCUCAACAGAGCUAUCUUCGACAACUUACACGCUAUUGCGAAGGAAUCGGGUGUCGCUGCGGCGGCAAGUGGGGGCGCGCAUGGAGUUGCUGGCGGGCUGAAGGCACUGACCGGGACCUCAAAGGGCGACGACAAUGAGGACAAGGAAGCUCUGUACGCGCAGAUUAUGCUCAUCGAGAAUCUGAAUCACUACGUGGAGGAAGUCGAUGAUUUGGGCGGCAGGCUGGUGGUGUUGGCGCAGUGGAAGGCUAAAGCGAACAAGGAGAGGGCGGAAGCAUUCGACCGCUACAUUGGCAGUGUGGUACGGAGGCCGUUGGGGCCACUUUUGGACUUCUUGGACUCUAUCGAUUCCCAGUUCGCUUCCCACCCCAAUCCUGCUGCUAUCGCCUCUCGACCGACCUUUUCGCGGAAAGCGGCGCGCAGCACCUUCUCAUCGUACGAUAGCAAGAGAGUGCGCGAGGGCAUCGAGACGCUCAAGAAACGCAUUGAGAAACACUUCGGGGAGGCAGAUGAGGAGCAGCUCUCGCGCAACCUCGUCGCGCUUGUGUGUGGCGAGUGCGAGAAAGUGUACGAGAGAACCAUCGAGAGGAUGGAGAAUGCUGUGAGGAGUAUCUGGCCGCCGACGGAGGGCGAGAAAGGUGUAGAGGUGGAGAUGAGCAGGGAAGACGUCAGGGCUGCGUUCAAGCGGUGAUCUUUGACGCUAUAGCAGCGCAGGUGGCGGUUGUACAUAUUGUUUUUGUACACGAUUCUAAA